AUGAAGACGCCCGGAUCUAUAGUUGUGUUGCAACCAAAGGGUGCUGUUGUGGAGUUUUUCGGAGGUGUUCGUGGUUACUUACCGGUGGCAGAAAUUAGUGAAGCAUUUAUCAAGGAUCCCAAGGACCACUUCAGACUUGGUCAAAGUGUGGCAGUGCGUGUUCUGUCGGUUGAUCCCGAGGCAGAGAGACUGCUUGUGUCUUGCCGAACUGAUUCAUCCAACAGCCAAGCCCAACUUGAAUCCCUUGGGCCUGGUACUGUGGUAUCUGCAUCUAUAGUCGAAAAAACCAAGGACGGUGUGGUUGUAAACGUUGAGCCUCAAAAUGUUCGUGGUGUUAUUCCUCUCGGCCACUUGACUGACGGAAACGAUACUAGGGCCCAGAUGAAGAGCCUCAAGGUAGGGGAGAAUCUUGAAUCACUAGUUAUUCUUGAGAGAAACUUUUCCAAGAGAUUUGUCAUGUUAUCUGCCAAGAAAUCGUUGGUUGAAGAUGCUAGAGCUGGGAAGUUUCCAUCUGAUAUUUCUCAAAUUUCAGUUGGUGAUAAGCUGCAUGGAUAUGUCAAGAAUGCUACUAUCAAGGGUUUGUUUGUUGGUUUUGCUGGAAGUUUAACUGGCUUGGCUCUCAAGCAAGAUCUCUCUACUGAGUUUGUUUCCGAUCCAGCAGAGAAGUUUUCUCCAAUGCAGUCCGUUGAGUGCUAUGUUGUCAAUAUUGAUGAUGCUAUCGGCAGAUUUCAGCUGUCGCUAUUGGCACCUAAACCCAAGACUUUGAAAAAAGAGACUAGCUCUGGCGGAUUCACACCCGUCGAUGAGGCAGUCACCUCUAUUGAUGAGUUUGUGCCUGGUAAAAUUACCAAAGCUCAGAUUGUCAGCGUCAAAGAAACGCAACUCAAUGUCAAACUCGCUGAGAAUGUUCAGGGUCGUAUUGAUGUGUCUCAAAUCUACGAUGACUACAAGUCAAUUCCUAAUAGUAAGGAUCCACUUGGCGAAUUUAAGAAGGGAGAGAUAGUCGAUGUCAAGAUCAUUGGAUACCAUGACGCCCGUAACCACACAUUCUUGGCUAUUUCACAUCGUAGUGCUUCUCAUCUAGUAUACGAAUUGAGCGCCAAGAAGUCCGAUUUAAAUUCAUCUAGCUAUAAGCCUUUGACUUUGGAAGAUGUAAAGGUUGGUAGUUCAUGGCUCGCAUUUAUAAACAAUCUUACAGUAGACUUUGCAUGGGUCAACUUAUCCCCUACCGUCAGGGGCCGCAUUCCUCUAUUCGAUUUGACAAACAAUGCUGAUGAGUUAGAGGACGUUGAAGCUCACUAUCCUAUUGGAAGUGCUAUUGAAUGUUCUGUUAUUGAAGUGGAUAUUAAGACCUCUAACUUAAAGCUUUCGGUUCGUGCUCAUAAUGGAACGGCUGUCAAUGAUUACAGUGAUGUAAAGGUGGGUCAAACUUUGCCCACAUUGGUCACUAAGGUGACUGAGACACUUGUAUUUGUGAAACUUGGUGCCAACAUUAGUGGUGCUGCAUAUAUUUCUGAUGCUCUGGACGACUAUUCCGCUGAUUUGAAAUUGACGUAUUUGCCCCAUCAACUAGUGAAGGCGAAGAUAAUUGAUGUUGACACGUCCAACAAGAGAAUCAGUGUUACUUUGCGUCCCUCGCAAACUGAAAAGGAUGCUGAAAAGCCAGUUGACCAGCAUAUUCAAUCAAUUGAGGAUGUUCAAAAGGGUAGCAUUGUCCGCGCUUUCGUUAAGAAUGUUGCUGACAAGGGUUUGUUUGUGUCCUUAGGAAGGAACAUCACUGCUCGUAUUCAAAUCAAAAACUUAUCUGACUCUUAUCUCAAAGACUGGAAGAAGUAUUAUACUGUUGGGCAAGUGGUGACUGGUAAAGUUUUAAGUGUUGAUGAGCACAAUAGUAGGGUCGAGCUCAGUCUGAAAGAGUCUGCUGUCACGGGUAAAGAUCCUCGGGAAGUUUCGGGUCUUGGCUCCAUAAACGAAAAUGAUAUCUUUGAUGGUGUUAUUACCAAGGUUGAGGAUUUCGGAGUGUUUGUGAAGCUAGAUGGCACCUCGAUCACAGGACUUUGUCACAAGUCAGAGGUUGCUGAUGUGCCUCUACAGGAUAUGUCCAAGGUUUUCUCUGAGGGUGACAAAGUCAAGGCUAAAAUUCUUAAGAUUGAUACUGAAAAACGUCGUGUUUCCCUUGGAUUGAAGGCUUCAUACUUCACUGAACUCGAGAGUGAUGUUGAAAUGGAAGAGUUCGAUGUCAAUAAUGACGAGGACGAUGAUGACGACGACGAACUUGAUAACAGCGUUGCUUUUGAGGACGAUUCUGAAGAAGAAGAGGAGGGUGAUGAAUCUGAUGAUGAAUCUGAUGAGGAUAACGGCAUUGCUGUCACUGCUUCGAAAAAGUCUUCGAACGGUCUCAGUGUUGGUUUCGACUGGACAGGUACCAAUGUUCUGGACGAGAUGAACACUAAGGAGGAUGGUGAUGAUAAUGAAGAUGAUGACAGCUCUAACGAGGAGGAAGGAAGAUCUAGAAAGAGACGUAAGAGAUCUAAGUUUGUAGAGGAUAAGACUGGCACUUUGAACACCAAGCUGCCUCAAUCCAUCCAAGACUUUGAGAGACUUUUGGUCGGAUCACCUAACUCUUCUAUUAUGUGGAUGAACUACAUGGCUUUCCAACUGCAACUCAGUGAAAUCGAAAAAGCCAGAGAGAUUGCCCAGCGUGCUCUCAAGACCAUCAACUUCCGCGAAGAGCAAGAACGUCUUAAUGUCUGGAUCGCACUUCUCAAUUUGGAAAACAGCUUUGGUACCAAUCAAACUGCCGAAGACACUUUUAAGGAGGCUAUUCAGUUUAUGGAUUCUAAGACAAUCCAUAUGAAAUAUGCUGGCAUUCUUUCACAAAGCGAGGGCAAAGCCAAGAAAGCUGAGGAGUUGUAUGAUGUGGCCAUGAAGAAGUUCGGUGGUGAAGAUAUGUCUAUCUGGAUCACAUAUGCUAACUUCCUGUUUGACCAUGACAACGCAGCCAAGGCUCGCUCCCUGCUUGACAGAUCUCUCAGAAUGUUACCAGCAAGAAACCACAAAGAAAUCAUCACUAAAUUUGCCCAAUUAGAAUACACCAAGGGCGAAGCUGAGCGUGGCAGGACAUUGUUUGAGGGUCUUAUUAGCUCAUACCCACGUAGAAUCGAUUUAUGGAUCGUGUAUCUUGAUUACGAAAUCAAGAAUGGCGACAAAGAAACUGUGGAGAAGCUCUUCGAGAGAGUCAUUGGUGUCAAACUCACCAUGAAACAAGCUAAGUUUUUCUUCAAAAAAUGGCUCGGCUUCGAAGAUAAGCUCGGCGACUCCAAGAAGGUCGACUACGUCAAGGCUAAGGCUUCUGAGUACGUCUCUUCCAGAACGGAACAAGAAGAGUGA